GCGCGAACUGCCGUUAGCAAGACCUGCAACUAAAGCUCUCUCGACCUCGCUACUAGCGCGCAUUUCAAGUCACUCGAGGUCGUCGAGAACUUGAUUAUGAGAAAAAUCACUUUCGAGCGCAGAUGCAUGAUUGCGCACGAUGAGCGACAAAGUUGGAGAAGCAGUGAAUUUGGAGAUCUGGAGAUUCGCAACAUCCUCGGCCCUGGCGAAGGUCUCGUCUUUUUUGUGAUCCAAACACAAUACAACUACCCUUGCUAAACGACACAAUGACAAGCGUAGUAUACUCAAGCCUACCACACGAGCGUAUCAGUCUGGCGGAGCAAGAUGGCCCAUACAAGUUUGCCACAUUAGUGUAUCUCGCGGAGGGAAAUGCGAACAUUGUUUACUCCUUCAGACCAACCACCAACGGAGCAGUACCUCAGAGUGCCCGAUCCAGACUUCUGCGAUUGAGGAAAGACAAAUCGUUCAUCCAAUCCACAAAGUCUCAAUUUGCAACAUUCCAACAGACUUUCGUACCAUUAUUCCGACCCGAGAAUCUUGUCGAGCAAGAAUUGAUUGCAUUGGAUGGAGCGCUUAUUCAAAAUCUCAACAAAGAACUUGAGGUGCAUGAAGACACGAAGCUUCGGAAAAGCUUACGACAUGGUGACCGACUGGCUCUUGAUAAGUUCGGCUUGCUGAUGACCGACAUGACUGCUCGGGAUGGCGAGUACCUGUUCGAGAUUAAGCCUAAAUGGCUACUGCAGUCGCCUGAUGCACCCGAAGACUCAAUCAGAUGCCGGACCUGUGCUUUGAGAUUGCAGAGAGCCCAUGCGAAGUCUCAAGGUGCCGUGAUGCCGAACUCAGGUGGAUUCUGUCCCCUUAGCCUUGUCGAUGACGACGUCAGGGAACGCCAGAGAGCUUUCGAGAGUAUCAUCAAGUCACAAGCUAGUGGAAUAUCCGAUGCAUCAGUGGAGAAAGCUGUCAGUUUCCUUGCUGAGGAAGGUUAUAGGGUAUUGAAAGAUCUUCGCAAGUAUCAAGCACAAUUUGAUGAGCGUGGAAUUCUGAGCACGAGCGCCGAAGAAGUAUCGGACGACUACUCAAAAGCCAUGACACUUCGUGACUGUGUGCUAUUCAUCAGAGGCUCACUAGACGCAUUUGGAGAUACAGCCGACAUUCGCCUAGCAGACUUAGACUUCAAGCAUACGCAUCCAGAUAAGAUCAAGAAAUGGAUGGAAACCGAGAAGGUCCUUGUAGAUGGUGGUUGGUACAAGGACCCUGAGGAUGACGAAGGAUCCGAGCCAGCUUGCUUGCUUGCCCGAAGACCACUGGGGACCAUGCAGGCAUAACAGUAGGAUGCGACUGUCUCCCGCGCAGAUUCUCGGAGGCCCCUCUCAGUGUUCAUAAUGAGAGUGUUAGUGAGAUGACCGGGUGCAUGACAUCGUUACUGCACUGACCUACUCCGUCCCGUAUAUAGGGGUUGAUGUUGAAGCCUGGCCACAUCAUGAGUGUCUUCCAUGCUCGUUUGGUACGAAAGUGACGGGGACAGUCUCAAGGAAAUGCAUCAAGGGUCACAUGCAUACAAUGUUUUUUUGCUAAGCCUUGCCCGUCCUUACAGGUUUCGAGCAGCACUCCUACACGGAGAGGAAAGCGGCUUGAAGUUCUUGGUGCAAUGGUACAAGCGUGCGAUGUUGACACUGCUUGGCUGUACGACUUUGGCAAUUCAUCGCUUGCCUGAACCCGUCCCGAUUGACCGAUCACUU